AUGAACAGAAUCAUUCAAGGGCGGCUGCAACAAUCCACUCUUGACUUACUUUCCGGCUGCGACAUUCAGUUCCGCCGCGAAAACCGCCUCGACAUCGCCCUGGUCAAGAACCUCCCCAUCGCGCUCAUCUUCCUGCCCGCAGCAGACAUCCCGACCUUUGUUGGCGAAGGCCGAGUCGACCUAGGUAUCACAGGUCGCGACCAGGUCGCCGAGCACGAUGCCAACCUCGCAGCCGGCGAGACAUCCGGUGUGGAGGAGAUCCUCGAUCUCGGCUUCGGCGGCUGCAAGCUGCAGGUGCAGGUUCCUGAGAAGGGCGGCAUCUCCGAGGCCAAGGAGCUGAUCGGCCGAAACGGCGCCAAGUCAAGCCAGAAGCUCAACACGAAGAUCAAGUACGUUGGUGGCAGCGUGGAGGCCGCGUGUGCACUAGGCGUUGCCGAUGGAAUUGUUGACCUUGUCGAAUCCGGCGAGACCAUGAAGGCGGCCGGCUUGAAGGCCAUCGACACCGUUGUCACAAGCACCGCCGUCCUGGUGAAGUCGCGCGGUUCGACCAAUGAAACCCUGAACCUGAUCACCUCGCGCAUUCGCGGUGUGAUCACCGCGCAGAAGUAUGUUUUGUGCCAGUACAACAUCCCGCGGACCGAGCUGUCGACCGCGUCCAAGAUCACCCCCGGCAAGCGUGCCCCUACCAUCACGGCGCUCGAGGAGGAGAACUGGGUGGCCGUCAGCUCGAUGGUCGAGAAGAAGCGUAUUGCCACGGUGAUGGAUGAGCUCAGCAAGGUUGGGGCGACGGAUAUCUUGGUUCUGACCAUUGCCAACUCGCGGGCGGAUUAG